GAUAGACCAUUCCAGUAUUUUCCAUUGGGUUGAGCGUUUUCUCUAGAUUUUUAGCUUGUCACACGAUAGAACAAGGCACCAUUCCAUUAGGACAAAAGUCGAUUGGGACACCAGGCUUGCGGAAGGUAGUAUCGAAUUAAUUAACUAUGUCUAUGGACAAGUGACAUGAUGCAAAAUGACUCUUUGUCUCACAAUUUCUCCAAAUGAUAGGCAAUAAUCACAGGGUUCCAUCACCGAACCCAUAUUCCACCACCGCUAGACCAUCCGAUAUCGGAGUUUUAUUGAACCAUGAGUAGGCAUAUUUACAAGUCAGUUUUAAAGUUUAUCAUCGUUGCUCACGUGAUUCUUUUCUUGGCAUACUUCACCCCUGCGUCAUUCAGGUACUUGGAAAGGCUUGGAGGGACAAUUGUCCCAAUUUUAUCAAGGGAAAAGUUGAAGUUGGACAACACUAUAGACCUAAAUGCCUCUCUGAAACUUUGGAACAGAACGGACGUCCAGACAAUUACGGAAUGGGGAGCACCUAUCAUUUGGGAGGGCAUUUUUGACCCUUAUGACUGCGACCGGGAGCAUAAGAAAAACCACUCUGUGGCUCUGACGGUCUUCGCUGUGGGAAGGUAUCUAGAUGUGUAUCUGGAGACCUUCCUCGUUUCUGCUGAGCUUCAUUUUAUGGUGGCUCUUCCUGUGACGUACUAUGUGUUCACGGACGCUCCUGCCAAAGUGCCCAACCUCCAGUUGGCUGAGGGGCGGAGGUUAAAGGUCAUAAAGGUUCAGAAGCAUUCUCGCUGGCAGGACAUCUCCAUGAUGCGCAUGAGGGCAAUCGCCGACGCCAUCAACGAUAUCCGCCUCACGAGCAGUUACGUCUUCUGCUUCGACGUGGACCAGCUGUUUGUCGGCAGGUUCGGCUCGGAGGCGCUGGGGGAGUCUGUGGCUCUGCUCCACGCCCACUUCUAUCAUUACCCUCGCGAUCUGUUCACCUACGACCGCAACCCCAACUCCACGGCCUACAUGAAGCUCGGGAUGGGCGACUUCUACUACCACGCCGCCGGGUUCGGGGGCAACUGGCGGAGCGUCUUGGCGCUGACGGAAAGCUGUUACCGAACCAUCCUGGAGGACAAGAGCCGAGGGGUGGAGGCGCUAUGGCACGACGAGAGCCACCUGAACAAGUACCUGUGGCUGCACAAGCCCAGCAGGGUGCUGUCGCCAGAGUACUGCUGGGACCAGAGCCUUGGACACCCCAGCGACAUCCGGGUCAAGCGGCUGCUCUGGGCUGUGAAGCAGUACGACACUCUGAGGGACACCGACUAGGGAUUCAGGUGAUCCUGUGGGCUGCUAUGACGUAGCAUGGUGAGGGGGAUUCAAGGUCUGCUGGGAUGCAUCACACUAUCGUGUAUGUAAAAUGUCUCUUCAUAUCACAUUGCAUGCACUUGUAAAACUUAAAUGAGGGGAAUCUGAAGUGUUUCUGCUGUUUCACGUUAAGGCUUGCUUCCUAUAGGUAUAAUGAUUUUUUACAGCAGUGGCCUUGAUGCUGAUACCAAUAACACACAUUGUGUCUUCAACUUGUCUUCAACUUGUGUCUUCAACUUGUUUCUUUAACUUGUGUCUUUAACUUGUGUCUUUAACUUGUGUCUAUAUGUUAGAGCCAUAAAUAAGAUGUGUAUUAUUUCCAAUUAUUAAUUCUGGAAUAAUAUUAUUUUGUAUUACCUUGUUAUUAUAAUGAAUAUCUCUGUAAAGUAGAGACUCUUAUUUUGACACGUUGUUUUGACCAUGUGAAGAGAGCAUCUUUAGUUGGAAGGAACAGAGAGGCAUGGAGGUUCACAGUGUUCUGAUCGUGCUACCUUAAUUUUGAAAUUAGAAUCAUUUAUUUAUGUAAAGACAGGGUUACUUGAAAAUUUAUGAAGAUAAAGAAAUGUAAACUUUGAA